UCAAAAAAAUAUUUCGACUGUGACAGAUUUUUGGGCAAUAAUGCGCGCAACUGUUUGAUGUAACAAGGUGAAAAUUGAAUUCGUUUAAUUAUUUUCUUUGGGUCAAAAAUCAAUGAAAAUGGCAACGAGUAUUUCAAGCGAAAAUGGUAAGUGAAUUGUGGUUGAUUUUAAGGUUAAAGUAUAGUUGUACACAAUUCAGUAAGUUGCUUCCUUUUAUACAAGUUGCGAUGAAACAAAAAUGCCCGUACAUGGAAAAAUGUUAUCGGAAAAAUCCGAUUCAUUUCAACGAGAUGUCACAUCCACAUUUGGAAAAAAUUAUAAGAGAUCAGCUGGAGGGUGAAAUACGGAUACCUGAAAAACUUGAUUUUGAAUGUUCUGAUCGGUCACUUUUAGUAGAUCAAUUAAAGGUCUUACAGAUGGUGCUAAGGAAACAGAAAACUAACACGGACAGUUCUUUAUCAAUCACACAGUCAACUUCUCAAGUAGGCAGCUCAAAUUCAACAGUAUCUGAUGCUAUCAGUAAUCCUAAUCAAGAAUUGAAAGAUAAGGUAGAAAAACACAAACAAGCAACGGCUAUAAGGAGGGAAUCUAAGUUGAAAGAAAUGGAUGAACAGGGUGAAGCACUUUAUAAAUUUUCUAAUAGCAGCGCAGACUCAGCUAAGGUCCAUACAAUGAAGGAUAAGCUUCAUAAGCUCAAAAUUGCUGAGGACAAUAUGGAGCAAGGUGGUCCUUCGCAAGAGAAGAAGAGGAGCAAUAGUGGAUUUAAUGAUAAUGGUAGAGAGAACAAGAAGUCAAAAUCAUUUCACAAUAAAAAAAAUGAAGAGGUUCAAGAAUGUCCCCAAAGUGCAAAUAAUAGCACAAAUGAUACUACCUCGAAAGGAAAAUCCUUGAUGGAUAUUUUUCAAUCGUGCAGCUCAACGAAAUCCAGAAUUGAAGUCAGAGAGAAAGCUAUUGAGAUGAUGAAGCGACAAGGCUUUAAUGUUUCUGUGGUAGAACCAGGAAAUUUUGCCAUGAAAUAUGCUCUUUCAGCUCCGUAUCACCUAUUUUUUACAAGAAUUCAAAAUUCAAAAUCAACACAUGACCAACCAUUCUCCAUAACAUUUCCUGAAAUCUUAGAUAGAAGUCUGGGAGAAAUAGUUAAUAGUUUGCAUAUUAACUUUAUGGUUGAUGUUGGAUGGUUAUGUUUGCAAUAUUUAUUAGCUGGGCAACGUACAGACAUGUUAAUUUUAUAUGGGGAUAGAGUAGAUGAAGAAAAGCUUAGUUUAAACAUUACCAUGAUACCUGUACAAAUGCCAACAAAGUUUGGUUGUCAUCACACUAAGAUUAUGAUUCUAAAGUACAAAGACGACGGUAUACGAGUUGUAGUCUCUACAGCAAAUUUAUAUUCAGAUGAUUGGGAGAAUAGAACACAAGGACUUUGGAUAUCGCCACACCUUCCACCCUUGCCGGAAUCAGCAAACACCAAUGACGGGGAAUCACCUACAGGAUUCAAGAAGGACCUGCUCCUUUACUUGAAUAAAUAUAGACAGCCAGCAAUAACAGAAUGGACGAGUGCCGUUCGAAGAGCCGACUUCUCCUCCGUGAACGUGUUCUUCAUAGCUUCCGUCCCGGGAAGGCACAAAGGCGUCGAGUACGAUAGCUGGGGCCACAGAAAAUUAGGUUAUGUUCUGUCUAAGCAUGCUACAUUGCCUCCAGACGCUCCACGAUGGACAUUGGUUGCUCAAAGUUCCAGUAUCGGUAGCUUAGGUCCAAGUUACGAAAGUUGGCUCCUGAAAGAAAUAACAUCCUCGAUGUCGAAGGAAUCGCCAUCUAAUCUGAAGAGUCAUCCAAACUUCCAAUUCAUUUAUCCUUCUAUAAAUAAUUACAAGCAAAGUUUCGAUUGCAGAGUCGGAUCUUGUUGCUUACCGUACAGUCUCCAGACACAUUCCAAGCAAGAAUGGAUAGAAUCUUACAUGUAUCAAUGGAAAGCUACGCGAACGGCGAGAGACAAAGCAAUGCCUCACAUAAAAUCAUACACAAGAUUCUCGCCAGACAUGAAGAAGAUUCCUUGGUUUGUUUUGACUAGUGCCAAUUUAAGCAAGGCUGCGUGGGGCACAGUGGGCAAGGAUUCCCAUUAUAUCAUGAACUACGAGGGAGGAGUUAUAUUUAUUCCAAAAUUUAUCAUUGGUUCGACGACAUUUCCUGUCCAAGAAGAGGAAAAUGGCGUCCCAGUUUUUCCUAUUCCCUACGAUCUACCUCCCACCAAAUACCAGAGCGGAGAUAAGCCGUUCGUCAUGGAGUUCUUCUAUUCGUAAAAAUGAAAGUCGCACCAGAUCAUGUUACUAUUUUUAAAAGAUUAGAUUAUCAUCGCAAUGCGUAAUGUACAAGUGAAUUUUUGUAAUAAAUACGAUAUUAACACGA